AUAUACCGCUGAAAACAGCGCUGACGGCGGAUUUGUCGUACGCUGCCGUGUUCGAGACUAGUGUAAACGAACAUUUACGAAUUGUUCCGAACAAUGGAUCCACCAAAAACACCGGAAAUAGGGAUGAUGUACGUAUGGCACUGUGCAUAAGCUACAGUAAAGUGUUUGUUCUCGUUUCAGGGAUCAUGUUGGCCAUGUGACACGUGUGUUGUAAAUCUGCUGGUGGUGACGACGACGACGACGACGCUCACCAUGAGUGACCUCGUUAAACCACGAGUCUCCAUCCACAGUCGAACUGCAUCGGCAGACUCCACAUAUGAUCUGAUGGAAGAUGAACUGACCUGUCCGGUUUGUCUCGAGUUGUUUGCCGAUCCACUGAUGCUCCCGUGUUCUCACAGCAUCUGUAAGAAAUGUCUUACUGAUAUUAUCGACAGUCGAGAAAAGGGGGGCAAAAAUGGCUUAGAGUGUCCUUCAUGCCGCAAGACCAUCACCGUUACCAGGGAGAAAGUGGCUAACUUACCGAAAAACCUGGCACUGGAAAAUAUCGUGUUUCGAUUCCAGGAGAUUCAGAGCACGAACUUGACGAGAUCUUCCAGCCUGGACCAGAGCUCUGACCUCGACCUUGCCGACACGUCCAUGCAUUCGGACUUCGACGAAACUGUGUUUUCCGAAAAUAUCUCUGAGGACUGUGGACUCUGUGAUUCGAAAUCGCCGGCCAAGGCGGUGUGGUACUGUCAGCGCUGUGCGGUCCUGUACUGUCAGAAGUGUCUGAACAUCUACCACCCCAAGAAGGGAUCUCUGAGUCACCACAAGAUACGAAAACCUUCAAAGACUGAGUUGGAGGAGAAGACGGUCUUCUGCCGAGACCAUGGGACAGAAGUGGCCAGUAUUUUCUGUGACUCGUGUAAAGUUCUGCUGUGUCACCUGUGUGUGUGUCAGGGGGUUGGAAAGCACUCCGGGCACAAGAUCCUCGCAUUGGAUGCCGCGUGGAAACAUCUCAGGGAAUGUGUGACGUCGUCGAAGGAGCAGUUGGAGUCAAUGAUGUCAUCGCUCACAGAGCAGAACAGCAAGUUGGAGGAGUUGACCGACGAUGUCGAGAACAUCCACAAGCAGGCGCGAGACAAGGUGGAUUGUCAGUAUCGGCGGUUUGUCCAGGACGUAACCACCACACUGGACGAGCAGAGGCAGGUCGUGCUGGGGCAGAUCGGGAAACAGCGGUCUCACGCCACACUUUCCUUCAAGACACAUAUCGACCACAACAAGGAGCAGCUGCAGUCAAUGGAGUCGAUGGCAGAGUCGUGCAAGAAACUGCUGGAUGAGGACCACACCAAGGAACUGCUGCAGAAAGCAGACGCAGUGAGGCCCAUCAUGGAGGGAGUCGGCGCCAUGAAAACCACUGCUGAGUCGAAUACCUCCAGUUACAAAGAACUGAUUACUUUACAACCGGUGCAGUCCGAGAUAAAAUCAUCUGUGUCAAAGUUCAAGACUUCCUCGUUUGACUGCUUCAAGACAUUCACUGGUGACGACAGUGAGAAGUGCGCCAGCCUCGUUCCCACGAUCCGGUCGGUGGCGUCUCCCGGCAACCUGGACACGCCACGCGUCCAGAACAAGUGUCUAAUCACGUGGGGCUUCAACUCGACGACGUUCACCGCAGAGCCGCUGUCAGGCAACAGCCUGUGGACCGUCACCGUGGAGCGCAACACCAACCAGAUCCGCGACGUCACCGCCGGCUACCUCUUUGGUGUCGGCAUCGCCGCGCAGGUCCUCGGCUACAAGGACCAGGUGGGCAUCAACGGCAAGUCGUACGGUGUCGUCUGCUCCAACGGCGGCCUCCACUUCUGCUACGAGGGAACAAUGGACCUGUUGAUGCCGCUGGACGGUCUGCCGAUGUCGGUGACCGUCUCCGUGGUGUUCGAUCACAGCGACAGACUGGUGUUCGCGUACACGCUGACCAGCGCCGUGUGGGGAGACACGCUCGUCGGGAAGCGGGUCAUCACGAAUGAGGCGUUUAAAGACGCGGUACACCCAGUGUUUACCGUCAGUCAUAGGGUCAAGAUGCAGUUUCCUACUCACGUGUGAUUAUGAGGCAUUUAAAGAUGCAGUACACCCAGUGUUUAACGUUGGUCAUAGGGUCAAGAUGCCAUUUCCUACUCACGUGUGAUUAUGAGGCAUUUAAAGACGCAGUACACCCAGUGUUUACAGUCAGUCAUAGGGUCAAAAUGCAGUCUCCUACUCAUGUGUGAUUAUGAGGUAUUUAAAGGCGCUGUACACCCAGUGUUUACAGUCGGUCAUAGGGUCAAGGUGCAGUUUUCUACUCACGUGUGAUUAUGAGGUGUUUAAAGACGCGGUUCACCCAGUGUUUACAGUUAGUCAUAGGGUCAAGAUGCAGUCUCCUACUCACAUGUGAUUAUGAGGCAUUUAAAGACGCAGUACACACAGUGUUUACCGCGAGUCAUAGGGUCAAGAUGCAGUUUCCUACUCGUGUGAUUAUGAGACAUUUAAAGACACGGUACACCCAGUGUUUAGUCGGUCAUAGGGUCAAGAUGCAGUUUCCGACAUAUAUGUGAUCACGAACGAGGCAUUUUAAAGACGCAGUACACCCAGUGUUUACCGUUGGUCAUAGAGUCGAGAUUUAGUUUUCUAUUCACAUGUGAUUAUGAGGCAUUUAAAGACGCGGUACACCCAGUGUUUACAGUUGGUCAUAGGGACAAGAUGCAGUUUCCUACUUACAUGUGAUUAUGAGGCAUUUAAAGACACUGUACGCCCAGUGUUUACCACGAGUCAUAGGGUAAAGAUGCAGUUUCCUACUCAAGUGAUCACAAACGAGGCAUUUUAAAGACACGGUUCACCCAGUGUUUACCACGAGUCAUAGGGUAAAGAUGCAGUUUCCUACUCAAGUGAUCACAAACGAGGCAUUUUAAAGACACGGUUCACCCAGUGUUUACCACGAGUCAUAGGGUAAAGAUGCAGUUUCCUACUCAAGUGAUCACAAACGAGGCAUUUUAAAGACACGGUUCACCCAGUGUUUACCGUUGGUCAUAGGGUCAAGAUACAGUUUCCUACUCAAGUGAUCACAAACGAGGCAUUUUAAAGACACAAUUCACCCAGUGUUUACCGUUGGUCGUAGGGUCAAGAUAGUUUCCUACUCAUGUGUGAUUAUGAGGCGUUUAAAUACGCAGUUCACCCAGUGUUUACAGUCAGUCAUAGGGUCAAGAUGCAGUUUCCUACUCACGUGUGAUUAUGAACGAGGCAUUUAAAGACGCAAUUCACCCAGUGUUUACAGUCAGUCAUAGGGUCAAGAUGCAGUCUCCUACUCAUGUGUGAUUAUGAGGCAUUUAAAGAUGCAAUUCACCCAGUGUUUACUGUUAGUCAUAGGAUCAAGAUGCAGUUUCCUACUCAAGUGUGAUCACGAACGAGGCGUGUAAAGACGCGGUACACCCAGUGUCUACCGUUUGUCAUAUGUGUGAAGGUGUCAGCAUAUAGAUGUACCUUUUUAAAAAUAAAAUGUGAUAUUCAUUAUUCA